GCUAUGUCCGCGCCCUCUAUUAGUUUGAUCAGUUUCGUUCUGUGCGCAGCUUAGAAGCUUUUUGUUGCAUACAAUCAAGGAGAUAUUAACGACGUAAAGCACUUCUAGUGUGGUAUCUAUGCUUUGCUGUGGGCUGUUCCGGUGAUACAUUUGUACAGCAAAUGAGCAUGGCCACGAAGAGAGCGUACAUCUGGCGUUUCUGCAUCACGUGAAAGCACUGCAGAACCGUGUACGGAGUAUAAUGCAAAGAGAAGGUUCUCCAGUUUUUUUGCGAUAUCACCAAGGCAGUGUCCGUGCAGUUGCUUUUAGUCCUAGGGAUCGUUACCUCUUCUGCUCCGGGGCUUACGAUGGCAAAGUUAACCUCUAUUCGGCACAGCAGAUGGAACUGCUUAUGUGCUAUCAGAUCACAGCCAUGGGACUUGCUCGAAAUGUCAAUGCAGUGCGUUUCACGAGCGACGGCUCUCGAAUCUUGGCAGCCACUACGGCUCGGCGACUUGCCGUUAUUGACGUCGAGAGGGGGGAGCAGGUGAUGACCUAUGACAAUUCUGUUUUUGCAGGUGCUUUUAAUGGAAGGGACAGAGGCAGUUUGGCAGCUGAUCCAAUUUGCCCCAACAUGGCUGUCUGUAGCUGCGUUAAUGGGAAGGGUCUCACUCUAUUUGACUUGCGAAUGCCCUUACCCCUGGACUUUGUUUACGACCUGCACAACAGUAUCAUCCGUGAUGUGAUGUUUGUGCACAGUAGCUGGCCAUUUGUGCGCAGCCAUCAGAGUGCAGUUCUCUCACUUUCCGUGGAUGGCGUUUGCAAGGUGACCACACUGGACAAUCGUUACCUGCACUGCUUCGAAGUGGGUCACAGCUCCAACUGCAUUACAUCCACACCCGAGCCGUAUGGCUCCGGAGCGGAAGAUGGUUUCUACAGUGUACUAUUGGUUGGAGGUGACAAUAUCUCUGGAUACAUACCGGAUAUCGGAGUCCAGGAACAACUCCGGGAACACGGAGACUACCCCAUCUGGAAGCUUAGGUACACUUCCAAUGGUGGCUUGCUGUACACUGCUUGUGACCGAGGAACAGUUCGUAGGUAUCGACGUUACCCUGAUCGGCACGAGUUCCUUGGAGAAGUUUUCAGCCAUAAAGGGGAUAUCCAGGACAUGGACAUCUCUCCUUAUGAUGAAUAUCUGAUAACGGCAUCGAAGGACCGUUCUGUCGGUGUGCUUCAUCUCGGGGCUCCAAAUCACGGCUGGACGGAGUAUUGUCAACUCUCGUAAACUUUUUCUUUUUGAUAGCCGUACGAAAUCUCGGUACCACGCAUAAUUUUCCUCCCUGCAAAGUAGAGAGCAAAAGCUAUCAAUGAUUAUCAGUUGGAGCAUAAAACUAUCCGCCCACGAUAAGCGUGUGCUCCAUUCAGUGUAAAUACCCCUUCUUUUAGCACUUAUUCAUGGUUCAUAUGCAACUGUAAAUGGCAUAUUUUUCAUCAUCAUGCGUGACUGGAAUAAAGUUUCCAUUCUGCACAUAA